UUAUGAUUUGUUCUACACUUGUAUUGUAGUGUGUAUUGUUUAGAACUACUUGCAUCUGGUUUUAGGACAAUGGGUCAGUACGUAUUCAUCUUUUGCCUGCCAUAUAGGUAGGAGGAAUCUUGAGAAUUGAUGGUGAGAGUGCUCAAGAGAAGAGUUGAACAAAGGUGUUAUACCUGAUAACAAUGAUGUACAUUGCUUGGCAAGUCUCAUUAAUUAAGGCUUGGUUUAGGGAACUUCCCACUGGUGUGUUGGACUCACUCUCACCAGAGCAAGUGAUGGAAGUCUGAAAGCGAAGAAGAGUGUGUGGAGCUUGUGAGGAUGCUUCCUUCAACGGAAGCUUCUUUGUUGGAUUGGUCAAUCAAUCUGAUGGCUGAUGUUGUGGAGAUGGAACAUGUUAAAAAGAUGAAUGCAAGAAACAUAGCUAUGGUUUUUGCACCUAACAUGACUCAGAUGUUGGAUCCUUUGACGGCUCGGAUGUAUGCUGUACAAGUCAUGAACUUUCUCAAGACACUUAUUGUAAAUACGCUUAAGGACCGGAAAGAGUCUCGAGAUAGGUUGAUUCCAGGCUCGAACCCGAGUCCUAGGGAUGAGAAUGGUGAUCAGACCAGCAGACAGUUGGUGCAUCUCAUGGAAGCUAACAUGGAGGUUGCUUUGGAUGAUACCUUUGAGGUUGAAAUGAAAGACAAAGAAGACUCUGCAGAAGAAGAAGAAUAUGCAGAACCUAGAGAGAUUCUUGGUGUAAAGUCAGAAGGAUAAAAGACAUGUUUUAGUUGGAGGAAACAUAGGGGUUAUAUAUGAUGAAGGAAAGGUUAUGUAACUUAUUGUUGAGAAUGAAAUACACAGAGAACUUAUACUAUACUAUUCAAAGUUCAAACUUCUCGGAUA